AUGGAGGACGGUCCUGGUUUUUUUGGCUUUCAAAACAUUUUUCUUACAAUGUUUGCUACUUUUUUUUUCUUCAAGCUUUUAAUUAAAGUGUUUUUAGCUCUCCUAACCCAUUUCUAUAUCGUCAAAGGAAAUAGAAAAGAAGCAGCUAGGAUAGCAGAAGAGAUCUAUGGUGGCGUUACAGAUUGCUGGGCCGAUCGAUCCCCACUUCAUGAAGCUGCAGCCCAGGGGCGCUUGCUGGCCCUUAAAACUUUGCUGGCACAAGGUAUCAACGUGAACCUCGUGACCAUCAACCGGGUCUCCUCCCUCCAUGAGGCGUGCCUGGGAGGGCAUGUCGCCUGCACAAAAGCCUUGCUGGAAAGCGGUGCCCACGUCAACGGCGUGACGGUGCACGGAGCCACGCCCCUGUUCAACGCGUGCUGCAGCGGCAGCGCUCCCUGCGUGAGUGUGUUGCUGCAGUUCGGGGCCAAGGCCCAGCUCGACGCGCACCUGGCUUCCCCCAUGCACGAGGCGGUGAAAAGAGGUCACAUUGAAUGUGUGGAGAUUCUGCUGGCAAACAACACCGACAUUGACCAAGAACUGCCUCAGCUUGGAACGCCUCUGUAUGUGGCCUGCACCUACCAGAAGGUAGAGUGUGUGAAGAAACUUCUAGAACUAGGGGCCAGCGUGGAUCAGGGCCAGUGGUUGGACACCCCAUUGCAUGCCGCCGCGAGGCAGUCCAGUGCGGAAAUCGUCCAGCUGCUGCUAGACUACGGAGCUAACCUGACGUGCCGAAAUGCUCAGGGCAAGAACGCCCUUGACCUGGCGACUCCCAAAAGCAGUGUGGAGCAGACGUUGCUGCUUCAGGAAGGCCCACCUACUCUUUCCAAGCUCUGCCGCCUGUGCGUCCGGAAGUGCUUGGGUCGACCCUGUCAUCAAACUGUCUGCCAACUGUGUCUGCCAGAGCCACUGGAAAGAUUCCUUCUGUAUCAGUAGUACCAACUCUCCAUCGGAAGAAACGUGGAAAUAAUCGGUUGUCACCUAGUGUAGAUGCCUAAGAGUUAGUGUCUUCAUUUGAGCUAAGCCAAUUAGAAGAAAUCUUUGGUGAAUGGGUAGGUUAAUGUUCUAAUUAAACAGAAGGCAACCAGAAAUGUUUGUUUUUUCAGCUCUUAUUGUUAAGAAACUUCAAAAAUAAACCUGUGAAGUAGAGUGAAAAUAAGAAGUGAUUUUUGAUGAUUUCUUAUCCUUAGGACAAGCUGAACACCAGUCCGAAUAUUGUGGAGAAACAUGCAAAUCUGGGUAAAUAAGAUCAUGAUGAAUGUUAAGUAUUCUAAGAUGUAUUUCUGAUUUAGUUUUGU